UAGUCGUAUACCAAGCGGAAUAUCAUCAGUGCAAAGUCAAAAAUCUGGCGGUAAACACUGCUGUGUCGCGAUCCGCGAAAAAAUACAUCAAAAACAAAAGCAAAACCAAAAAUUCCAAAAGAAAAAACAAAUAAAAACCCGCCAGCCAACCGAAGGAGAUGAAUCGAACUUCGCUGUCCGGUGGCAGGACUAGCCGCAGACUUCCGGCUCUCUUGUUUGUCCUGCUGCUCUGCCUGGUGGCCCGAACCACCGGUCGUCCUUCGACAGAGGACGAGGGCGACUUGGCCAUCAUUCCGCCCGCUGCCGACAAUGUGGAGAUCCAUAAGGUCAAAAUAGUGAACGGUGUGAUACAGGAGGAUCAUCCGGUUAUCAUGUAUAAGGAGGACUUCGUCAGCGAGGAUUAUGAUCCAACAAAGCCCGAUCCAAGUCCUAGUCACCACAAGAAGCACAAGCGAACGCGUCACCAUCAUGCGAAGCAAGUGACAGAAAGGAAGGAGGACCAGAUCCUUUUCGAUAUUCUGCCCGACAAGCCGAUCGUCCUGGAGGAGGACCUCAAGGCUCUCCCGCCCAGCAAAGUCGAGGCUGCACAACUGGCGGAACCCAUCAAGGAAGAGUGGCUGGCCAAGUAUCCCAAGAAGUACCACAGUCGUCAGCGACGAGACGUCCCUAGAAAUUAUGAGGAAGUCCUCGAUUACCAUUACGGCAUUGUAAGAUUGGCGCCGCCAUUAACCUAUUCGCAUUUUCGGGUUUCAGUGAAGGGUAAGAAGCCCCUUCUUGUGGGGCCUCCGAAUCGUAAGAAUCAGGGCCAACAGAAUAUCCCAACACCAGACUCAGUUAAUUCUAGACUAGACUUAUUUCACAAUUCGAAUCCAGCGGAUGCGGAUAACUCAGUCUUCAACGUUUCUUCCACCACCACUCCCAGUCCAUUUCAAGUGAACGAUAGCGAUUUCGUGACGUCGUCACCAUUGGCACCAUCAUUACAAGGGGCACCAGAAGUACCAUCGUUCCCAUCGUGGCGACCGGCGAACGGCCUCCCCCGGCCUCCACCCACCCGGACCCCCGUUGUGGGACUUCCCACCCUCCGGCCCAAUUCAAGGCCGGUCCCACCCUCAGUGGGGGCUGAAGGUGAGCCCAAGGUCAGCAAGUGUGUGUGGGCGAUCGUCAACUGCUGCACGGGCGAGAGCAAGAAGGUGCGGUACAACUGCUUCGAGGAGUUCGGAUGCCAUGGAGCCUUCUGGGACAUCAAUCCGUGUGCCGAUGAAGGCGUGAAGCAAGCUGAACUCGUGCCCCUAGCCGGAUUCUCACCCCCCGUGUUUACUCCACCCGUACCAGGCCGUCGUCCGUCCUCCAGGAAAGACGCCUUCCAGUUUCCCCAGGACAUCGGCUACCAGGAAAACAGCAAGUGCCAGCGGGCCUCGAAGCUCUGCUGCUCUCAAAGAAAUAUUGGAUCCCAAUACGACUGUUUCCACCACCACGGCUGCAGCGAGAGCAUCUCUACUAUUAUCUCCACCUGCUCCUAGGAAACGGACGAUGAUGUCAAUGGGGUCCACAUGUGUCCACAUAUGCAUUGCAAAUUUGCCUGCUUCACGAGCCUCGUGUUUCGAAAGCCCCAUUUGCACCCUUAGGAUUCCCGGAUUAGUCCUGGAACUCACAUAUGAAAUAAUGAAUAACUUCUAGUCGGCUUUGCCAGUGGGGCUGGCCCAAAUUAUUAAAGAAAAUGUAUUGAACUAACCAAA